GAUGAGGGCGAGGGCACAAAACUUCACCGAGACUCCCACCUGCUUCUCAAUGAUGGGCACAGCAUGCCAGUGAUUGCUCUGGGGACAUUCACCCCUGAUGUACUGCCCGAGGACUUGAUUGCAGAAAACAGGAUGAACAUCUCUGUUCUGGAGACCUCUGAUGUUUUGGACCAGACUGCCACAAAUGCUGUGAAAGAAGCCGUGAAAACUUCCCUUGGCGUUGGUUACCGCCAUAUUGACUCUGCCUACAUAUAUAUGACUGAGAAAAACAUUGGCCAGGCCUUUCAAGAAACAUUUUCGGAAGGAAAUCUGAAAAGAGAAGAUGUCUUCUAUACAACUAAGCUAUGGUGCACGUUCCACCAGCCCCAUCUUGUUCGCCCGGCUAUAGAAAGGUCUCUUGCUGCUCUUCAGAUGGAUUAUGUUGAUUUACUUAUUAUACAUCACCCCAUAGGCUUAAAGCCAGGAGACAACCUCUUCCCAAGUGACGAGAAAGGCGCUCCUUUGUUGGACAGUGUUGACUACCCACAGGUCUGGGAGGCGAUGGAGCAAUGUAAAGAUGCCGGACUUGUUAAAUCCAUCGGAGUGUCCAACUUUAACCGCCAACAGAUGGAGCUGAUCCUUAAUAAACCGGACCUGAAAUACAAACCCGUCUGCAAUCAGGUGGAAUGUCAUCCAUACCUCAAUCAGAAUACAGUGUUGGAGUUUUGUAAAUCAAAUGAUAUCGUUCUCGUGGCCUAUGGGGUACUGGGAUCACCCACUGGGGCGUCUUGGUUGGAUCCAGACUGCCCCAGUCUACUGGAAGAUCCCGUCCUGAUUUCAAUUGGUGAGAAAUACAAAAAGAGCCCAGCGCAGGUGUCUAUCCGAUACAUACUUCAGAGGGGAUGCGUUGCUAUCGUCAAGAGUUUCAAGCCCGAACGCAUGAAGCAAAAUCUUCAGGUCUUUGACUUCCAGCUCAGUGAAGAAGACAUGAAAGCCAUUGAUGGGCUAAACAAAAACCUCCGCUACUGGAAAUACAAAGUGUGGGAAAAUCACCCAAAUUACCAUUAUGACAAAGUGGAAUAAAUAUGGAACGGUGCACAAAACCAGUGCCAGUACUCAAAGGA